AUGCAUCAGGCUUUGAAAAUCAUGUCGACAUUGGACACAUUGAACAUAAGAAAUCUGUGGAAUUCCGAUAAUGGAUGGAUUCAACUUGAAAUUCAGUUAUCAGUCGUCACACACCCAUUCAUACAUGAUUUCGUCAUUGCAUUGAUGGGAAACAAACAAAAAACUGAUUUCAAUUUCAGGUCACGAUCAGAAAAGUUUAAAAGAGACGAAAGAGUUUGGGAAAUAAAUCAAAUUUCCAUCAACUCUUAUCUUUCAUUUCGAAUUGAACCGAAAAAGUACAAAAGUGCCUGUGGCAAUGGAAAUGAAUAUCACAAUAAUAAUCCCUAA